AUGUUAAAUAAAUAUCGUAAUAAUGCAAAAUUUCGUAAUGAAGAUAUAGCAAAAUCAAAAAUUCAUAUGUUAAAUAAAUAUCAUAAUAAUUCAGAUUUUCGUGAUGCAUAUAAAGAACGUAUGAAAAUUCACGCUUCGAACAAGUAUAAAUCAGAUAAAUUAAUACGAUUGAAAAGAAUUGAACGAUCAUUGAAUUGGUAUCGAGCUAAUAAUACUGCAAUGAGACAACAUCAAAGACAACUUUAUAAUCAACAUAGACGUAUUAUAAAAAAAUAUAUUGUUAUUGAAAGUCAUAAAUGUGCAGCUAAACAUGAUGAUUUAUACAUAAAUAAUUUGAAUAAAUUUCAACAGAUAAUUCGAGAAGGACCAGAUUGCAUUUGUAUAUCAUGCCGAUUAGCACUUUUCCGUAAUCAGGUCAUACCAUUUGUUGAAGAAAAGUAUAUAAAACAAAACAUGCCAUAUGAAAUAAAAAAACAUAUCCAAUCUUACUUCAACUAUUCAUCAUCAAGCCAAGGUAAAUGGAUCUGUAAAUUAUGUUCAGAUAAAAUAAAGAAACGACAAAUGCCUAGUCGAACAAUUGUGAAUAAAUUGAAAGUAUGUGAAGUUCCGUUUGAACUAAAAAGAUUAAAUAAUCUUGAAAAACAUUUAAUUGCUUUGAGACUACCAUUUAUGAAAAUUGUAAAUUUAACAUCAGGAAAGUUAUCAAGUAGAUUAGCACAAAAAGGUACUAAAGGACCACUUCAUUGUGUACCAUCAGAUGUACAAGAUACUGUAACAGCAUUACCUCGUCCAGUUGAUAAAUCUAUGAUGGUUCGAUUACAAUUGAAACGACGACUAAAAUAUAAAGCUGUGUGGGAAGAACAAUUAAUAAAUCCAAAUGAUGUAAGAGAUGCACUAUUUAUUUUAACUAAGAUGCAUCCAGCCUAUAAAAAUAUAAAGAUAAAUGAAAUUGAUGAAAAUUAUCUUACAUCUGAUCAAGAAAAAAGCUAUGAUAAUAACAUUGAGUUAGUAGUUGAACCAAUGGAUGUUGACACAAUUUCAGAAGAAAAUUUAAUUGAAGAAACAGAAGUAUCUAAUGAAAAACGUCUAAAAGCAUUAGCAUUAGGUGAUAUUGAUAAUACUAUUAAUAGUGAUGAAGAGAUAAAUGAAGAUGAUAAAGACAUUCGUACUAAAUAUAAUAUUGGUACAGAUUCAUGUACUCAACCAUGUGAUUUUAAUGAUUUUUUAGUCUUUGAUAAAGAACCAUGUGUACUAGCACCAGCUGAAAAAAAUAAAUUGAGUUCAUUAUUAACAGAUAAAACAAUUGAAGCUUUAGCCUUUCCUCAUUUAUUUCCAGAUGGACAAGGCUCAUAUGAUGAAGAACGUGAAACAAAUCUACAAUGGAAAGAAUAUUGUAAAGCACGUUUGUUUUCAUCAGAUUCUCGCUUUGCUGCAGAUUCAAGUUAUAUUUUUUAUCUACAGUAUUUAGGCGAUUUAAAACAAGUGUACUCCGGAAUUAAUAUUGCUUUCCGAAAAAAGUUACCAAUGAGUGCCAAACAAAGUUUGGAUGAAAUGCAAAUGAAAUUUCUAAUGAAUAAAGAUAUGAUAUAUCGUCAUUUGCAAUCUGUCCGAGGUAGUCCACAGUAUUGGCAUCAACGACUAAAAGAUUUAUUCGGAAUGACACGUCAAUUAGGAUUUCCAACAUUUUUUAUUACUUUGUCAUGUGCUGAUUUACGUUGGAAAGAAUUUGUUGAUACAUUUAUACGUCAUACAGGACUUCCAGUUAAAGAAUCAUAUACAUUUGAAGAAAAAACAAAACUUUUACGAGCUAAUCCUGUUCUAGCUGCUCGUUUGUUUGAAAGAAGAUUUACUUCUUUCAUGAAUUUAUUUAUUAAAGGUGGAGCAUGGUGUGUCGGAAAUGUAAAAGACUGGUUUGCACGUAUAGAAAUGCAAUUACGAGGUUCACCACAUUCACAUAUGCCAAUCUGGGUAGAAGGUGCACCUAAGUACAAUGGACCUCAAACAGAUGAAAAAACUCGUGAAGAGAUUGUGAAAUUUUGUGACAAAUACAUCACAACUCGAUUUCCAUCGUUAGAUGAAGAUGCUGAAUUACACAAUAGUAUCAAAGAAGUACAAACUCAUUCUCGUAAUCAUUCAAAGCGUUGUUUAAAAAAUCAUAAGACUUUGUGUGUUUUCGGAUUUCCACGUGCUGUUUCUAGACGGACAUUCAUAUGUGAACCAAUAAAAGUUGAUAAUGAUGAAGAGAAGCAACGUUGUAAAAAAAUAAAAGAAAUUCUUACUGAAAUGAA